GAAGAUUCCCGGCGAUGCCCACUGCAUACCCAAGAAACCGAGUGCGAGAAAAAAAAUCCUAGGACCACCCUUGCGAAGAAUCCAACUAAAAUACCUACCUUGGUAGGCAGUAACAUCAGCACGUAUACCUUUAACUAAUGGCAGGACACCUUCAACGGGGACGGCUGCUACGAGUUCGACAAAAAUGCGUCGAUACCCCCGAAUGGCCUUGUUGGAGGGUUCAGCUGUGGUCAUCACAUGUGCACAAAAUUCAGGCGGGACGGUACUCAAACACCAAGAGAAACGGCUCCACUGGGCCCCGUCACAUCAGUCUCCAGGAAAGGGGUUACCAACACGUCGAGUUAGACAACACAAAGAAGCGAUUUCGAGUCAUCGUUGGGGGCCCGUGCAAGAGAUAGCUCCCCUCCAUAUUGGCAUGUUGUUCAUCGAUAAACGGACGACCACGAUUAGCACCAGGAAACCGUCGGCCGAGAUACCAUGUGGACAAAGAGCCAAUAGCCCGGUCACGGUUGUCUCCUGCCGUUGGAAGGUAACAUUGACACUGGCUGAAAGCCCGCAUCUUCCAGGAGAAUAUACCACUGCGUGCUUCACCUUUUCCCCUAUCCUAUGCAAUCACAGCGUAGCAAUAACGUGCAAGGGAGUUUUUGCGGGCAGAACGUCGGUUGCCUGGCGAACAUCAAUCACAAACCGGAGGCAAGAAAGAAAGUCAUUGCUUCUCUCACUCUGGCGCAUCGGGAGCUGCAUUGCCCUCUUCAAGUGGGAUUGGACGUAACGUAUAUCCUGGCGUGCGCCGCGAUACGCACUGCCAGAAAGGUUUCCAUGGUGUUGAUGGAUAGGCCCUCGAAUCGGAGCUGUCACCACGGGGCGCAUAACAUGUUGCCCAGUUGAUGUGCGAAGUCUUCUCCCAACCAUAUCUGCAAUUCGCACAUCUUCAGCCUGGUCAUCGUGGGGUUCUGGCGGUACACGCUCCCGAGGUCAAUGGCGGCAUCGAAUGUCGGCCGGUUGGUAACAUGGGGAGAGUUGAAGACUGUUUGGGAGAAUGCAACAUCAAUUUGGAGACGUAGGUGCAUAGGCUGUCAUGUCGACUUGGAGGGUAGAAAGGCACCCCAGCUUUUUCACCUGUUCCGUUUUAACCUCCGUAAAUCUCUGAUUUUGGUGGUCUUAAUGUGUAAGCGCAGUUUCUUGUCUUUUGGUGCAGCAAUGAAGAGUUGUUGGAACGUUGCUCUCUUCUGAUGGCUUGACAAGACAUCGUGAGGCUAUACAGAGCCG